AUGGAUGAAACUGGAUGCUUCUGGAAAGCCUUACCUAAUGAAGGUCUUGGGCAAAGUGUUUAUCAAUGCCGAGGAGGGAAAAAGAGCAAACAGCGUUUUACAAUAGCUUUUUUCGUAAAUGCAAAUGGAGAAAAAGAGAUUCCAAUUGUUGUAUGGAAAUCAGAAAACCCCCACUGCUUUAGCAAGAUCAAGAAAACUGACCUACCAGUCAUGUACUACAGCCAACCUAAAGCCUGGAUGACGGGGGAAAUCAUGGAUGAGAUACUCAAGAAAAAGAAUCGCCAGCUUAUUGCCAAAGGGAGGUCGGUACUGCUACUCAUGGAUAAUGCUGGAUGCCAUCCAGAAAGUCUUGCUGAGAGGUAUAGCAAUAUUAAGAUCGUGUUCUUACCCCCUAAUACCACAAGCGUUUUACAGCCACUUGAUUUGGGCAUCAUUCAGGCAUUUAAAAUCAAGUACCGCAGGCUGCUAUUGUCUCAUGUUCUAGCUAAGAUUGAUGAGUGCGAUACUGCACAUGAUGUAGUCAAGUCUGUGAAUGUGCUUACUGCAAUUCGAUGGGUUUCAAUGGCAUGGAGGGAAGUUACGGCUGAAACAAUCAAAAAGUGCUUUCGCAAGGCUGGAAUUCUAUCUGGUGACUCCUUCAGUGUUACAGUAGUACCUCAUUCUGAUGGUUCGGAUCCAUUUGCUGAUUUAGAUGAAGAUGAAGAUGUUUCACAUUUGGAUAAUCUUGUUGGCCAAGUUGUCAGAGCUGUUCAUGGCAGCACUGAUCCUGAGUUGUCAAGCAGCAGUGAGUACAUUUGCUUUGAUGACCAAAUACCGACAUGCCAAGAGUAUGAUUCUGAACACUGGGAAAGUCAGUUUUUUAAUGAACUGACAACUACUGGUGAUAUCAAUGAAUCUCAUGAUGCUGAUGCCGGAGAUGAAGAAGUAGAGGAGGAACAACAGCCAUUAGUUCCACAAUUAAAGUCAUUUGGGGAAGUAAUCAAGUCCUUAGAGGAUGUGCAAGCUUACCUUGACCACAGGGGUUGUGCAGAGUUAGCAAUGGACACUGGUAUCCUCCUCAAUAAAGUUUCAUCUUCAAGUCUUUCCUUUACAAGCAGCACACAAACUACAUUACUAGACUACUUUCAUCCAUAA